AUCUAGAAGAAGCUAGACGCUAGACGCGUUGUAUCAAGGAGCUUUUAUAUCAGAGCUCCUUGGUUGUAUAUAUAAGCUUCUUUCUAGGUGUGAAACGUCACAGAUUUGCUUCGGACUCAUAAAUAAUUUUUGUUUUUGCAGGUGUCGUUCUUGUCAAACAAAAAUUGUAUUGUUGAAAAAAUCAACUGGGCUAGACGUGAUGCCUUGGUCUAGAAGAUGCCACCGAUAAGAGAACUCAUCUACUGUGGAUGCUGCUUGAGAGAUAGCAAGACAUUAGAGAGCUAUGGAGUAACCAAGGGCAGCACUGUGCAUGUUCUCAGGAAACGGACAACUGAGAAGCAACAACAACCAGAAGCAGCUGGAGGAACUGCUGUGAGACAACUCCUGGUGGCUCUACAGUCUGCCCUGCUCAACCCUGCCCAUAGGGAAAUAGUCCAACGUGUCCUGAGUAAUCCUGUAACAAUGGAGAGUGUGAUAGCUGCAACACCAGGACUGGCUUCUGAUCAAAUAGCAUUGGCCUUGCUGAGAGACGGAGAGCUGUUGAUGAACCUGGCAGAUCCAGCUCAAGUACAAAAAAUAGUGACAGCCCACCCCUGCCUGGUGCAGGCAGCCACCCUGAUUGCCACAGCUGUGAAUGAGGAAGCAGCAUCAGGGGGAGCCCAGGGAGGGUCCAGCUCAGGUGGAGGGGGCUUGUUUGGGAUGGACUCGGAGGAAGAGGACAUGGAGACAGCUGACCAGGGUGUGGGAGGCAACGACUCCCAGGCUGCCACACCAAGCCCCAUCACACCUGUACAACUGGCCUCUGCACUAGCUACAGCAGCCAUGAACAUGCAGCCACAAGGGGGACAGGAGGUGCUACAGAGACCGACAGCUAACACAAGUGGAUCUAGUUCUGCCACCACUCCCACUAGUUCUACUAAUUCAGCAGCUGCCAGUGGGGGAGAACCGGCAGGCUCUCGGCCAAUGAUAACCCAGGACCUGUUCAGUCAGGCCAUGCAGCAAGCCCUAACAGCUGCCACACAGUCCCAGCUGCAGCAGAUGCGUGAGAUGGGAAUCACGGAUGACGCGCUGAGCCUACGGGCCCUGCAGGCCACGGGUGGAGACGUCCAGGCUGCACUGGAGCUCAUCUUUGGAGAUGGUCUAUAAACUCACAUAACAGCUAUAGUGGACAGAAUGACAUGAAUAUUGCUAUGACUGUUUGUCUAAACUUUGUAGGAACAAGCUUCCACAUAAUGUCCUACUAGUAGACUGUUAACAGGUUUUUGUUUCCCCGGAUACAAUACAGUGCGUUUUGAAGAGCUCAAUGCAAAUGAGAAUACAUGUUAAGAUGUACAUUACUUCAUACCUAAAGUGUCAUUUCCUAGUCUGAAAUGUAAUUUGCAUGUGAUCACCCCAUUUCAUCACUUCUCUUUGUAUGGAGUCUGAGAAGAAAACAAGUUUGGAUGACUGUAAUAACAUUGACUGAAAGUAAAUUUGUGCUUCCUCCAAUUCA